AUGUUUGACGUCGAUGAGCUGGACAACGAGGUGCGGCGUUCGGCGGACAGCAACAAAGAUGCUUUGGCGACGUCAGACGACAAACCGCGCCGAUCCCAUAUUUGGUACUCACUGUCAAAUCAUGCCGUCGCCACAGCCGUCGAGGCUACGGCUGACGAACAAAAAUCAACGUUGCUCGAGCACCAUGAGUCCAAUCCAACGCUACGAGGCCUCCGCCUCGCCAAUGGGCGCUCGCGGCUUUCCAGCUGCCCAAACUACUACAAAACCAACAGGAAGAACGACCGCAUCGUAACUCUGCCAGACAUCGAGGAGCGCAUUCUCGAAUGGGUCUUACGCUGUGAAGACCUGGGCGUGUGCAUCACGGGCUAG